AUGAAUGGACAUGAUGAAGAAGGUUAUAGUCCUAACGAUUUAAAGUCAUACGUACAAAUUCUUACAUCGAUUAGAAGAGGUGCAAAAACAUCAAGAUUAAAAAGCAAGGAAGAAGAAUUAGAAGAUGACGACAGUAGUGAUGUCGACUAUGAUGAUACUGACUACAGUGAUGAUAAUUACAAUGAUGGUAAUUUAAGUUAUAAUAAUAUUACAAAGGAAAUCGAUGACUUUUUAGAACAUACAGGAGAAGGUAUAAUCUUUUUAUCCGACAACAACGAGGAGAUACUUAAUAGAUUACAAAUAAUAUUAGCAGCAAUGAAAGAAGUCAUCGAUCGCACAGACAAUAUAAUGAAGUAA